AUGGAAGAGGUAUUAAAUAGCAUCGAAGACACCACAUAUACAGAAAACGCUCCUAUUGCAAGGGCAGGUGUCGUAGAAUGGAAACCAAGAAUAGGUAUGAAGUUUGAAACUGAGAAAGAGGCAUAUGAUUUCUGUAAUUCAUAUGCCGGUCGAGUCGGUUUUAGUAUCCACAAAGAGUAUUUUAAUAAGAGCAAGAAGACUGGUAAACUGUCAUUGAGAUUGUUAACAUGCUGCAAGGAGGGUUUCAGGGGUGACGACAUUCGGGACAGUAAUACAAAGACUCCCAGGGCCGAAACACGAACUGGUUGCCCUGCUCAAAUGCUUAUACAAGUUUCCAAGUAUACGCAUAAGUUGGAAGUUACAAAAUUUGUUGAAAGCCACAACCAUCCAUUGAUGAUUGAUGAAUGCAUGCACAUGCUGCAAUCCCAGCGUAGAAUUAGCCGUGUUCAGUGUUGUCGGUUUCCUUGA